AUGGCGGACCAAAUGUCGAGUGAUACAUCAACUAGUGCUUCAUGUGACUUAGCAUCACCCCCAAACCGUUCGAGGAAAAAAAGAGGUGGAUGCUUAUCGAAGGAUGAUGGAGCUAAAAAGAAAAAACAAAGUUCCAGAUCUUCGGACACUGAUUAUAACUGGGAAUCAAAGUCGCACAAAAGGAAAACACAUGUAUCAAGUUGGACAAAAGAAAGGGCUGAGACAUAUGGAUUGUUUUAUGAAAAGAAAGCAUCGAAUUUUUCAGAAUUUUAUGAUCUUUUUAGUUCCUGCAAGGGUAAAAGCAGAUAUGGCUUUAUCUAUCCGUUAGAGGGUGAAGAAAAAAAAUUGUUGGAAUCUUUGGUGGAGCAGACCGAUAAAAUGAUAGAGAAACACGGAGUUGAAAUGGAGACGGGCUGGGAAUGGACAGUAGCUGCAGAUUGGCCCUUUGUUUGGACGAAGUGCUGUGAUGCAGUCAGGGUUUUGAAUGAGUCUUGCAGACCUGCAGUUUAUUCUGGGAACCACAUCAGGUGUUAUGCUGCUUUAGUUAAUUUCUACAUGGCGCUGAAAGACUAUGUACAAGAGGAGAUCUGGAGAAGUAAUAGCUGUACCCCAUCAGAUGUUCCAGAGGGAACCUAUACAGAACUGUGUGCAAAAUUCUUCGAAAUUUUCUUACUUAUGUCAAGAAGAGGAGAAUUUCGUAAAUCAGUGAUGAUCAUAAAGGACAUUCCAACAUCCAGUAUUCCAGAUCUUCGUCUGACACUCUCAACGUCUUCACCUCCUUCCCUUUUUGUUGUUGAAGUUGUUGAGAUUAAAAAGUCAGCAUUGGCUAGUUGUGUACCGUUUAAUAUUCACCAAGCACUGGACAAUCGAGUUCUUGGUCAACAUGCUGGGGAGUUGCUACUAGAUUUCCAGCUUUCUGUUUUUCGUGACUUACAGGCUGUUUUUGGUAUAAUUUGCAUGCAAACUACACUUAUUUUUACCUGCUUGAAAAUCAGUACGAAGCAUUAUCAAUUCAUACAUGAUUUUGGUGAAGAUGUAGUGAUAAAGGGAAUGGAAGUAGAUGACAGUUCCGAUUUGAUCAAAAGUAAAUCAGAUGAUGAGGAUGAAAAAGAUGAAUAUUAUAAAAAGACAGACCAUGAAAAGGAAACCACGGCAUCUACAGAUCCAAAUCUUAAGAGGGAUUGUAGAAAAAGUGGAACCAUUUUUUACACAAAACCCUAUAACUACCUUAUUUCCAAGGAUAGGAAAGAAAUGAUGGAAUUUUUAUUUUGGAUUGGAAUAAAUUGUGAAAGAGUUACUGUAUCAUCUGCUUAAAUCGUUCAAGAGCAACAUUAUAUGUUUUUUACUGUUUCUCGAAGUAAUUUCCAAUUUUUGAAGAGCCAAAAUGCAACAUUACAAAAGAAUUGAUUAUUUAUUAUCUUUUUUUUAUAGGACUACAAUUUUGAUGUUAUAGUAAAAUUAAUGCA